AUGUCCACCACCGAGUUAAACGGGCAGUCCAAGCCCUCCGCAUUGACAUUCGAGCGGCACGCCAAGUGCUCGACCACAAAGGCCCGCGCAAGCACUCUUCACCUUCCCCAUGGCGCUGUCCCUCUGCCGAUUUUUAUGCCUGUCGCGACACAGGCAUCUCUCAAGGGCCUGACAUACGACCAAUUGCGGGAUACGGGAUGCAUGCUGUGCCUGAAUAAUACAUACCAUCUUGGAUUAAAGCCCGGUCAGGAAGUUCUGGACUCGGUUGGCGGAGCACACAAGUUGCAAGGUUGGGAUCGGAAUCUCCUGACCGAUAGUGGAGGUUUCCAAAUGGUGUCGCUGCUCAAGCUAGCUACCGUGACUGAGGAAGGCGUGCGAUUUCUUAGCCCGCACGAUGGAAAGCCUAUGCUUUUGACUCCCGAACAUUCUAUCGGUCUCCAAAACUCUAUUGGCUCAGACAUCAUCAUGCAAUUGGAUGAUGUUAUUGCUACCACUUCUCCAGAUUAUGAACGAAUUAAAGAGGCGAUGGAUCGCUCCGUGAGGUGGUUAGAUCGCUGCAUUGAUGCGCACAAAUACCCCGAACGACAGAAUCUUUUCUGCAUUAUCCAGGGUGGUCUAGAUCUAGAUCUUCGGAAACAGUGUUGCGAGCAAAUGGUCGCCCGUGAUACUCCUGGAAUCGCCAUUGGUGGAUUAUCAGGAGGAGAGGAUAAGUCGGAGUUUUGCAAGGUCGUGGAUACAUGCACAGGUCUUCUCCCUGAAAACAAGCCCAGAUACGUGAUGGGAGUGGGUUAUCCCGAGGAUAUUGUUGUAGCAGUGGCUCUUGGAGCCGAUAUGUUUGAUUGUGUGUGGCCAACACGGACAGCGCGUUUCGGUCAAGCAAUUGUCUCAUCGGGCACAAUGAAUAUUCGCAACAAAUCGUUUGCAACAGACUUUUCUCCCAUUGAAGAGGGCUGUACUUGCCAAUGCUGUCUUCCUGCCGACAAGGGAGGCCUUGGACUUACCAAGGCGUACAUGCACCAUGUGACCGCGAAGGAAACCGUUGGUGCUCAUCUUCUUACGAUUCAUAACGUGCAUUUCAUGUUGACUUUGAUGGGGAACUUGCGGCAAGCCAUUAUCGAAGACCGGUACCCAGCUUUUAUUCGCGACUUCUUCUCGAAGAUCUACCAAAACGACAAAUCCAAGUACCCUGUAUGGGCAGUUGAUGCACUCAAGGGAGUUGGAAUGGACUUACUCGCCUAA